GGUAUGUCACGUGACUGCUGCUGUACGUAAACAGUGCGAGGACGCGGCUGUUUACAAACAUUUUGUGUCUCGCGCUCCCUGCUAGCCGGUUACAUUUCGCAGUGGGAGAAAAAGAAGACAGGAUGGAAAUUGAAAGUACUCAGCCGUACUUCUUUGGAGACAUAGGCUGCUGGUCUGAGAGAACAGAGGUGCAUAAAGCAGCCUCCCAGGGCCAGGUGUCCCAGCUGCAGAACCUCAUCCAGAGUGGAGCUUCAGUCAACGUCGUGGCUGUGGACUCCAUCACGCCGCUUCAUGAGGCCUGUCUCCAUGGACAGGUCCAGUGUGUUCGCAUGCUGUUGGACGCUGGAGCGCAGGUGGAUGCGAGGAACGUUGAUGGUAGUACUCCACUGUGUGAUGCCUGCUCAGCUGGUAGUCUGGAGUGUGUGAGGCUUUUGCUGGAGCACGGUGCCAAGGCCAACCCCGCCCUCACUUCUCGCACAGCUUCACCCCUCCAUGAGGCCUGCAUGGGAGGAAAAUCAGAUUGUGUGAAGCUCCUUGUUGCCAUGGGUGCUGGUCUGGAGGCAUAUGACCUUUACCACGGGACACCGCUGCAUGUCGCUUGUGUUAAUGAACACAUAGACUGUGUUAAAGUGUUGCUUAAUGCAGGGGCUAAAGUAAACUCUACCAGGCUACAUGAGACCCCGCUGCACCACGCUGCUAAAAACAUGCAAGUGGACAUGAUCGAAAUACUGGUGGAGUUUGGGGCCAACCUCUACGCUAGAGACCAACAUGACAGGAGGCCUGUGGACUACACCGUACCAGGCUCUCCAUCUGCUGUCUGCCUACGGUUUUAUGAGACCACUCCUAUGAGUCUGCAGCAGCUCAGCAGAUUGGCAGUGAGGAACCAGCUUGGCACCAGAGCACUAAAGGUCAUAGGUCAACUGGAGAUACCAAAACUCAUCAUCAGCUACCUCUGCUAUCAGUGAGUGAUGCCUGGGAAAACCUGAAGACCUGGCUGGUGCACAAUUCUGAGAAAAAACAAAACACAGGGAAGGUGGUGCUGGUAUUAGACACAGUUUGGUGACACACACUGUUCUUACACAUCUGUUCUUAAAACUGCACUCGCACUUCAUUUCACAAAGGGGAAGUAACAUGGGGUCACAACAGAGGAUCUUUCCAGCAACUCUAUUUAAGAUGAAGCAUUUUCUGAACUCUGCUGAUUAAAUUACAAUACAUGAAUGCAGACAAUUUAGUUUGAUGCAGACCUUAAAUGACUGGUAUAAGAAUGCAAAAAAUGUCAGAGCGAACGAAAAGAAAAACAGUGUUUCAUGAACGAACAACAUGGCUGAUAGUCACUGAUAGUGAAUAUGUUGGAUUAGCAAAACAUUUUGAAUGUUUUACCUAUUAUAAAGUAUAAAAACAUGAAUUAAGGUACACCUUCAGUUUUAUUUACUUUUUUCUAUAACAUGUUUCUUGACUGCCACGUCUAACUUUUACAAAAAUCAUACAAUAGGUGAAAUUGUUGGUCAGACCUGGGUUUGUAGACAUUUUCAAUAAUUUUACAACUAGUACAUUAAGUGCUUAUAUAACCAAUAUAUCAGACUAAUAUAAGUGAGUUUUGUGCCAAUCCCAAGUGUUUUUUGUCUUAUAAGCAACUUCUUUAAGUCUUAAACAUUUUUAAAUAGAUGAGGAAAAUGUCAAAUGAGCAAAACUAAACAAGAUACCAAAUGUGACCAGACAAUGAAUGUCCUUUAUCAAAACUUCACACUUUAGUGAUUUUAUCAACAAAAUUUUACUGCAUGUCAAUACCCAGUCUAUCAGGUUGCUCUAAUCCUUAAUCUACUGUUUUUUAAAUAGUAUUUUUGUUAAUAAACUGGUCAGAGAUGGACACUGAGCCUCAUCCUCAGCUGCAGAAAAGCCUUUGCUCAUCUCUGUUCCCUGUGAUUUACUUUAGUAUAAACUGUCACAGUCACUUGCUGGAGUUUAUAACUGUGUGAAGCUUUAUACAUAUUUUAUUUUUAGUUAUCUGUUGGAGCCUGCUGUGUGUAAUUGUAACUAUAAAUUGCAGCUAUAAAGUCUUAAAUAGAAUUUAACAAUAAUUGCCCUUUAGAUAAAUAGGAACAUUGCUAAUGCUGCACAGGAACACUGAGCUUCUGUUAAGAAAUAAACAUAGAUGGAUGUUGAAUUUUUACUGGAUCAAAUCCUGGAUUUGCUGGGAAAAUAUGAACAAGGCUGUGAACUACUGUAAAUGAAGAUUAGUCAUUAAAAUAUAAAGUGAGAUGUCACAUCCGCAGGAAUACCAAACAGUGUUGUUGUCACAGUGACACUAUCCAGAUGCACUUUCACUCGAUGUCAGAUUCCUGUGAUUCCCACUCCACGCCUGAUGACAGACUGUUUUAAACAGAGGCUGAAGUUUGAAGGGGACAGUGAAGCUGGCAGAGUAUUUAUAGCUUAGUGUCUGAUGCUCCACUAAAUCUGCUUAUAGAGACGACCCAGAGAGCUCAAUGAGGUGUCGGUAUUUAUAGCAAGAGGUGCAGGAAGCUGUUUAUGAAUUCCUCAAUGUGCGUUAGAUUACUUGUGUUCUCAGUUGACCUGUUUUGAGGUUUCAUAACUUUCAUUCAUCCAUGGAGGUUGAAUCAGGUCAAACCCUGUCUGUGAAGCCUUUAUCUGGUGCUGAUGAUCCCAGAUCACCGGAGAAUAAGGCAAAGCGCAACACAUCACAUGAGGGGGUUUCAAAUAUCCCCUUCAACCAAACACAUUCAUUAACAUAAAGGUGUUUUCUCUCCUUUCUAAGAUGAUCUGAAUGAGUCAUUUUUGCCCUACUUUUUUUUUUUUUUUUUACUGAUGAAAACUACUUAAUACAAACUGAAUUAUGAUGAUUAUGCUGAUGUCAAAAGUGUUAGUCUUUAGUGAGCAAGUGUGUGUGAGUUACUUUGACUCCAGGAUGCUCUAUGUCUCAAUUUUUCUGAAUAUUUCUCCUAAAUUCAACUGUAAGUUACAUAAAUAGUUUAUUAGUCACAAUGUUAAGCAUAUUCAACAUGUUUUUUAAUAGAUGACUAAUAUUUAUUUGGGUUGAGAGGUGAUUUACAUUUCACGUCAUAGAGAUGCAGGACUAAUGUUUAUAACAGAGCUUCUUCCCAAGUGCUGCAUAUGUUAAAGACAGUCUAAAAAAGUGUUUUGGAAUUAAAAUGGUAUAUUUUUUUUUAUUAUUUUCAUUUUGGUUUGGGGGGAGGGUAUGUGUUAAUGAUGGCGUCUUGUCCAGUCAACUUAAGAAAUAAAUAAAACGGCCAUCUUUAGUGACUUUACUCUGAAUGUAAUUAUGCCAAGUUGACAAAAAUGUUAUAACCUUGUCAACUAAAAAUACACAAACACCCACAAAUGAUUACUGCAAUAAAUCAGUAUUAACUGCUUGAAGACGGGACAUUUUUCUUUUUGUUUUUUGAACAACAAAGUGUACCCUCUCUUUAACAGGAAAUUUUAGUUCUUGUAGAAAUUGUCAGGACAAAGUUUAACAGACCAGAAGAAGAGGACGUUUCCCCACAUGAAUGUAACUCUAUUUGUAAUGAAGCAUAGAAGAGCAGAAUAAACCACUGUUUCUGAGCUUUAUUACAUUUACAGAUCGAAGAUGCAGUCUAGAAUAUUAGCCUCGAGUUGUGUCUCUGCUUUGUGCCGCUCAACAGUUAGUUUGUCACUGAAAACGUCUGAAAACACUGAGACAGAGGUUAAGAUUACCUGCUAAGACUAAGAUGCUGUCUGCCUUUCAUAAGGAGCCACAUGACACAAAUUCUGUGUUCAAACUGUAAUUCAUCGAGAAGAUAUAAACCCACAAACUGAUAGACAUCCUCAAUCUAAACCCAGCGUUUUCUGCUUCACAGUUUUGACAAUUCUCUGCAAGGUUUAAAUAUAAAUAACAUCACAAGUUGUUGGAGAGAGGUCUUAGAGUAAAGAUGGAUGUCACUUCAUCUUAGUAAAUGUCUAAUAUACCUGUAUAUGUGGUAUUUGACAUUGUGCUGCUGGGGCUGAAACUGUCAGAGUCAAUACAGAAACACUCUUCAGCUUUGAGAUGAAGCAUUUCAAAUGAGGAAACGGCUGAAAAACACCACAUAUUAUAACCUCCUGGAGCAUAAAUAUCCCCCAUGCUGAGUUCACAAGCUUCAACUCCUCUAUUCGUAGUAGGAGUUGCUCAGUUAUUUGGAGUACACCUGUCAGCUCCGAUGCAUCUAUGUGUUUACAGUUUGCCUGACAGCUCUUUGAAAGAAAAGUACUCAAAAUCUAUAUUUCAUUUGAGUUUUAUUGGCUGUGCUCAUUAUGGAUUUCCACACUUCCUCCCUGUUAACGUGCCUGAGCUGCACUAUGCUGGCAUGAACACGGAGCUCAUCUGCUUCACUCCAUAAACAUGCCACGCUGUUGCUUUUUGUUUAAUCGAAAUAUAAAUUCCUUGAAAGUAAUCAUUCAUCGUUAUAAGAAUCUGGACAAAGUUCUGAUGGAUGAAGGCAGGCUGUUCAUCAUAAUGGCAUGUAAAUAAUCCAAAAGCACAUAUCUCUGGCCUCUGCAGCACGUCUUCUCAUGCAGCGUUGCCUUUAAGAUUUGCUAAAAUAUCUGACCCUGAUGCAGACGGGUUUCUGCUUGAGGCUUAAAAUAACCCCGACAAAACAUGGAUGGUUUAACAGCACAAACUUUAGAAGUGUGCAGGAGGAGCUGGAAAAAACACAAAGAGAGGAGGGUAGGUAUGCAGGGAAUGUUUACUUAUCUAAGAUGAGAGAUGGUGCGUCCUCCAAAUUAGGAAUGUUGAACUUCAGGUUGAACAACAGACUGGUUUCCUCAUGGUUUAUCAGAUUAAACGGCUCUUAAAGGGUCUCUGGGUCGAAGUGUUGUCUCAUUAAAGUGAAUAAAGUCAGGUUGAACCUGCUCAUUUGUAUAGAAUACUCUGAUUUAUGUCUUUAAGGUGCUACAAAAACACACAUUACACCAUAAAUAGUGUCAUAAAUAGGAAUCUUAUUAAACUGUACAUACUGUUGCUCUGAAUAUGAUAAACGUUGAUUUAUUGAAUAAAUUCUGCCAUUGACGUG